AUGUACCAAUAAUCAAUAACAUAGCCAUUUCAGAGGUAACCAAUUUUUGUACAAACUUAAUAUAUUGCUUAAUAAUAAAUUCCCAGAGUGCAAUAAUAGAGGUCAAUCACUCCAGUCUUACACAAACCAAAUGCUUACACAGUGUCCUUUACUUCAAGGGAUGACUUUACUCAAAGAGGAAAUAAUCUACCUAGCAAUAUGAUCAGCGAUGAUUCAUAAUUUAUGAAGGCAUUAAUCGAAGAAAAUCAGCUGUUAAAAUAGUAGGUUGAAUUGAAGAGAAUUGAACUAUAAAAAAUAAUAGAGCAAUAUAAUUAGUGUUAAUGA